GUCAUGGACCGCGUUCACCGGUCACCGCGGUGGUCCACUCUGGGCAUGCGAUCUGGAUUCCUGUACAAUGUAGUACCUUGUACGGUCCCCAAUAGUGUAUGUGUGACUCAGUCAGGCCGAUUAUCAGAUAUCAACACCGGUUCAGGUCGUGUAGCAGGCUCUACCUUGAAGAGUACUACCAGUGACUCUGAUAAAGUGUCUCGCACUGCUUUAUCCGUUUAUUUCGUUAGUGAAGACUGUACCGAGUGGCACACAACAGUGUUAUAUGCACCUUAUUUUUACAUUUCAGUUCUGGAUUCUUCUGUAGUUGACCAGUUAAUUGACUUCUUGAAUCAGAAGUUCGCCAGUAAGGGUGUUGGUCCUACUCUUUUGGAACACUGCACUCGUGUGGAUCUGAGUCUACCGAACCAUAUAGAACGCUUGGACCCACUAACCGGGAAACCCAUACAUGCCACACGUCACCUGAUCAAGGCUAGCUUCAAUACUAUUGACCAGCUUGAACGUGCUCGAUCCGUGCUACAGAACCUUCGUCGCACCAAGGACAAACAUAAUGAAGACAAUGUAUUGGAGUCUUACAACACAUCGUUACCGCAGGGUUUAACUAGCUUAAAUACUCAGUACGUCAAUGAUGACAUCGACACUGUACAUCGUGCUGACCAUGGCAAUUCACCUCGAGGUACUGAGACACAAUAUCCCGAGGAUGCAGUCGACAGAAGUCAACAGAUUGUACAGCACCUCGGUGAUAUUUACGAGCACGAUGUGAAAUAUAUAACUCGUGUUUGCAUUGACUUGGGUAUCCGUUGUGGUACUUGGUAUGACGUCGAAAGGACCCAUCACGGCGUUGACUUCAAGGCACUCGAUAAGAGUACGAUGCCGCCUUUGAAUGUAUUUGCUUGGGAUAUUGAAUGUUACAAGGCACCGUUGAAAUUCCCUGACAUGGAGACUGACGAGAUUAUACUUAUCUCCGCUAUGUUCAACGGUCAGGGCUACUUAAUAGUGAACAGGUCUGUAGUGGCUCGUGAUAUAUCUGAAUUUCGCUACCAUCCUUGUGAUGAAAUGUCUGGUGCAGGUGCAUUCCGUGUUUACAAUGAACCCGGCGAGAAGGAAUUGCUGCAGAGAUUCUUUAAACUUGUGGUUUCACUCGCACCUCAUAUUAUAGUGACAUACAAUGGCGACGUCUUCGACUUCCCGUAUGUACGACGCCGUGCUGAGAUAAAUGGUCUUUCAAUGGACAAGUCCCUUGGUAUGUACAUGACGGGCUCGGAUAUAAUCACUGGCAAUGCUAUGAUUAACAUGGAUUGUUAUCGCUGGGUUGAGCGUGAUUCAUAUUUACCUUUUGGUUCCAGGACACUGAAGCAGGUCUGCAAGAUAAAGUUAAAGUACAAUCCCACGGAAUUGGAUCCUGAGGAGAUGGUACCUUGUGCUCGCAACGACCCACAGACAUUGGCUGUAUACAGUGUCUCUGACGCUGUGGCGACAUAUUACCUCUACAUGAAAUACAUCCACAGCUUUAUAUUUGCGUUAUGCUAUAUUGUACCAUUACAGCCCAAUGACGUUUUACGUCAGGGUAGUGGUACCCUCUGUGAAAGCUUACUAAUGGCCGAGGCCUAUUCCAACCAGGUACUAUUCCCUAAUAAACACAAGCAAUCUGGCAUUCGUUAUUUUAAGGAUCCAGUGACUUCCAAGCACCACUUGAUAUAUGACAAUUCCUACAUUGGCGCUCGUGUUGCCAGUUUACGUUGUGGUUUAUUUCGUGACGACCUUAAGGAACGCUUUGAGCUGAAGUCAUCAGCAUACCAAGAACUCAUUGAUGAUUUAGACCAGUGCCUGAAUGCCUGGGCAGAUGGAAAUGGUGUUGAUAAAGGAACUGGCGAGCCACCGGACACGACCAGCGCAGACUUUACAUCGUUAGCACCCGAAUGGCUACGUCGACGUUUCAGUAAUUUCGAAAACUUCGACGAAGUAUACACCACUAUACGCGAGCGACUCGUUAAACUACGUGAUCAACCAGUUAUUAACACAUUCCCAAGGAUAUAUCACCUUGACGUCGGUGCCAUGUAUCCCAAUAUCAUUAUAUCACAACGUCUCCAACCUACUGCGGUGGUCACUGAGGAAUUCUGCCAGAAGUGCUCCUACUACAGUGAAUCCAAUGUCUGCCAAAAGCGGAUGCAGUGGAAGCAAAAGUUGGAAAUAUCACCUGUUGACCGUAAUCACAUUUUACCACUAAUGAAAGAUCUUGAAUCCAGGACUUACAGGGGCACUGUCCAGUACAGCACUCGCGAUCAGACCAACAGAGACUCUGACGCAUCCAGUGACGAGUCAGACUCCUUGGAGCCGGAGUACCCCCGUGUUAAAAUGAGGACAUGGAAGCAGCUAACUGAGCGCGAACAGGCCUCUGAGUUACAGAAGGUAAUUAAAUCAUACUCCCAGAAGGUAUUCAACAAGAUGAAAGUCACCCGUGAGCUUGACGUGGAAAGCAUUGUAUGUCAGCGUGAGAAUCCAUUUUACCUUUUUACCGUGCAGAAAUUCCGCGACAAGCGUUAUGUUUAUAAAAGACUAAAGAAGGAAGCUGAGAACGGUCUUAAGGAGCUGCUAAAAAAUCCCGUUGGUCAUAGCGUCGAGAUUAAGGAAAUGCGCGAUCGUAUUUUAGUCAGUGACUCAUUACAACUCGCGCACAAAUGCAUCCUCAAUAGUUUCUAUGGCUACGUCAAGCGUGGUGGUUCCCGUUGGUACAGCAUGGAGAUGGGAGCGAUUGUAACUUACGCCGGUGCUGAGAUCAUCGAUGCCGCUCACAAGUUAAUCCGAGAUGUGGGCAUACCAAUUGAGCUUGACACUGAUGGUAUUUGGUGUAUGUUACCUGAUAUAUUCCCUGCUGUGGUUGACCUCAAGUGCAAGGGCUCCAAUAAAACCUUGGAGCUAGAGUACAUGACUACGGUCCUGAACAGGCUAAUCGAACGCCAGUGGACCAAUGACCAGUACCUCGAGAUGGAGGAUAUAGGGAAAUACCGUAGGGUCCGACGUAAUGAAAUAUUAUUUGAACUUGAUGGCCCAUGGCAUGCAAUGUUCUUACCAGCAUCAGAGAAAUCAGAGGACUUACUCAAGAAGCGAUAUGUCGUAUUUAACCACAACAAGCAGAUAGUGGAGCUCAAGGGCUUUGAGAUAAAGCGUCGUGGUGAGAUGCGUAUGAUCCAGUUACUACAGGAAGAGAUAUUCCCUAAAUAUCUCUUGGGUGUUACUAAGGAGGAUGCCUACAGGCAUGCUGCCAGCAUAGGUCUUGGCUAUCGCACUUCACUUGAUAUGCAUGCCACCAACAUGGACGACGAUGAUAUGUUCGAUCUAUUGGUUGCCAGGAAAACUGUCAAGCAACCUGUAUCUAAGCAGCCCAAUUCCAAAUGCUUCGGCAUCACUACUGCCAAGAGGUUAGCUGAGUUAUUCAAGGACGAUUCCUAUAUAAAUGACGGCAAUUUAUGUAUGUCAUUUUUACUCGUUUCACAUCCAUCUGAGGCCCCUCGUACAGCUCGGGCCAUUCCCAUACAAUCUUUCAUGGUAGAACCUGGUUUACGCGCCCAGUGUCUUGCCCGCUGGCUGAAAAUCCAACUAAGCACAGCGUUGAACUCCGGUGUUCGCGAUAUACUGGAUUGGGACUAUUACCGUGAGAAGCUGGACACCCAGAUGUUGAAACUAGUCUGCAUUCCCGCUGUUCUCCAGGGUCUGGACAACCCAUUGCCCAUGAUCCAGUUGCCUCCUUGGCUAAAGAAGCGCAAGGAGGCAACCGACACUCGCCAGAAAGAUAUUACAUCAUUUUUCACUGUCGGCAUAAAGCCUAAAAAGGAACCACUAAAGCUGCCCGGUGGUACUCUAGAUAAAUCAAAGGUAAACCCUAUGGUUACCUGUGACUCCAGCAUCGCAAAUACACAGCCCACAACCCCGAAAUCCUGGAUCCAGGAACUAAAGAAGCAGUGGAUAAUACUGGCCAAGGACUUCCAGAGGCAUCGCAAGAAACUCCAGAAGGACGUGGACAACCGUAUAUAUGUAGACAUCAAGAGGGGCAUGCUAGAAUCAGGUUUGAAGGGCACCGUCUCUGGCGGUGAACACGUCGACAUAUCGGUGCUCUAUAUGCUAAUGACUGAGCGUUGGCACCUCUAUAGCUGCGAACUUGAUGUCCAUAACCCCGGCAUCAUGAACUGCGUGAUAUCGGUGCACAACAAACCUAUAUUUGCCAAUUUCCGCGUUGAGUUGUGGCGGGUUAUAUAUAUUAACUGCCUAAAGGAAUGGGAGGCGCAAUCCAAUGAGAACAUUACAGUUCGUCCAGUUACUGAACGCUAUAUCCUACCUCGUGGAGCUACACAGAAAAGCAUGUUUGAGCUAGAGAUGCGUGAAUCCUACUUUCUAUCGCAUGUAAGGAACACUUUGGGGUCCAUAUUCCACAAGACGUUAUUAGGGGUAUAUGAGUCACAGGUACCUAUAGAAUUUGACUUUGCCACUAGGCUGGGUAAUGUCAUCCACGUACAGUGCACUGAGGCUGCAGCGGCUAUCAGCGGCACUGGAAUGUUUAAAUCCAGGGCGCUGCAGGGUGUGACAUCUAUCCAAACUGUUGAAAUGCGAUACCUCGAUGACGUCGAGAUAGUAUUUCUCCAUAUAUUCCACGGUAUGAACCCGGAGGGUACACGUCGUAAUCGUGUAUUUGCUGCUGUGUACCACAAGGGCAGCAAAUACACAAAUCACAUAUUUGUUGGUGGCAGCACGUCCAAUUUCCCUAGGGCGGACGCUGACUUUGACCUAGGACUUAAAUCCGCCACUGAGAAGCAGGGUGCUAGAUACGACAGGCACGAGAGCAUUAAACACGAGCAUUAUCGCAAUCCAGAUAGAUUUCCAGAUUGCUUUGGUCAGGGGUACGAACGUCAUUUUGAAUUCAGCUCCACGGCUCAUGUCGGAUGUCGUAAUGCUUUACGUUCACUGGAUACCUACAUGAGGUCACUCUACCCCCAGUCAUCGCAGCGUAAGUAUAUAGUCUUUGCCUACUCAACACUUGAGAAACGCGAUAUUGGUGAAUGGGCCCUGGGUCAGAGGAUACCUGUUCAUUGGGACAAUGACCUCAGCGGCAACCUUCACUUAUUGCCAACCAAUGGCUACAUUAGCGCCUCGAUAAAUGCUUCUCUGAAUCUGCUCUAUCAACAUCGUAUGGAACUGGAAUAUAAAAUGUCACUCUCCAGGAUAGCUUCAUUACCACUGGGUAAUAUCAUCUCUAUGACAACUGUAGAUUGCAAUAAAUAUCUCAUGGAUGUGAUGUACGCCCGGGCCCUAAGAUCAUCAUCAGCACUUCUUUGGGGCACUGGUGAAGCUGGCUGUGACCUUGGUAUACAGCAUGGCAACGAUUUACUCGCUAUGGAAUACGACAUCACAUCCCAGGAAUGCAGCUUUACCAUGUCCUCUAAUGGCAUAUACCGUGGCUAUGGAGCUAAAAUCGGAUUUAACCACUCCAUGAUGUAUAACGCUAUCAUGUUUGAAUCCAGGGUCUCUGACGUCUCCUUGGUUGCUGGAUGUGAUCUUAAGAAAGCUGGCAUCGACGCACGUCCUGAGGAACUGCAGCAUGAAUUCCGUAUGGCUCAUGCAUCUGAGUUCCACCCACUGGCAUUCUGUGUCCUCGGAUCAAUGUUAGACAACUUAAUCAAGCUCUCCAAUGGCCUCUAUGAACAGGUUGAAUACGGCACUUUCCAGCGUUUAAUCAAUUUGUGUGCUUUUAUAAGGCCUUGGUUAAGUGACCCGCGCAGUGUACUAUAUGACCCCGGUUUAUAUUCAAGGGCACUGAGAUGUACUCAGCAGUACAUCAGUUCAUUUCUGAACUACAUUGAAUCUCGGCACCACCUACGUACUGUGUAUGUAACACAGACCUAUGUAGUAGUUGAUGCCGAUGUGCUGUCGGUUACCAAGGGUCGUCAUAAAGUCCACGUUGCCUUGGAAGCCAUGGGCAAGAGUGAUUCGCGCUUCAGGAAUAUCCCAUUUUAUAUCGAUGAGGAGUACGUCGCUCAGAUACAGCUAUCCACUGAUUGCUACAUUCGGUACAAGAAUUACGUUGACGCAACCUACGAGAACUGCACUGAGAGUCUACGUGCACUUGAGUACCUACCCGGUGCUGUUGAGAUGUUUAUGCGAUACUUCUUCAAGACGGUGGCCUUGGACCCGUUAUGGAAAACGUUAUCUGAAUUCUAUGACUACGACAUGGAUGAUGACAACUCCGGCACUAUAACCUCUGAGCCCGUGGAACUACUGGAUCGUGACAACUCGGAACUAAAGAAGCAAUUAGAGUGCCACGUGGUCAGGGACUGGCUGCAACCGGGCUCCUUCUUCUCCAAGAUGUACGAGCUCCUCGAGGAUGACGAUAGCUUCUUGACUACAUUCGACAGCCAGGGUACCUUCGGUCGUCUGGAGUUCCCUAAGUUACCUGGUAGUACUAUAGCAAAUUCCAGUACAUGGCGCCUGGAAACUGUUAAAAUGGUAUCCCACGUCCUGCGCAUAGACCGGGCAGUAGAUUGGAAUGACUUGUCCAAGGUAACUGCUUUCGACGAAAAGCGCUUCUUGAUGUUCACCCUUGCGGGUGAUAGUGAAUAUUCAGUUGGCGAGUGGUACCCGCCAAUACAGCGCUUAGAGCUUUCUUCGGUAUGCUGCCGUCAUUGUUCCAUGGUUUUCAACUUGGAAGUGGUAUCCACAUUUAUAUCCGAUGAGCUUGAAUCUGGUGAAGUCGAUCAUUACUGGCGAUGUGAGCUAUGCUCAUCACGUUUGGAUAACCGUGACGUCGAGGUGUCUCUAAUCCGGUUUUUGGAAAAUCUAUUCUGUGCGUAUCAGUCCCAGGAUCUCGUUUGUCGUGACUGCAAGUCGAUUAAGCAGCUGCACUUAUCUCGGAUGUGUACCUGUGGAGGCCAGUUUGUGCCGCGGCUCAUUGAUCAACGGUGGCAUGACAGUUUCAGCGUAAUGUCACAGCUGGCUAAAGCCGCCGAUAUGUUGCAUCUCCAGGAGGUACUUCUAGCGUAUAACGACAUGUGGUAAU